CUUUCACAUAUGACAGGAGCCAUUGACAGAUCGGUAAUCAAUGUCGGUACGGGAGAGAAAAAUAAUUCGAACAAUGUGGCAAUGAACGAGGAUCAUUCAAAAAUUAAUAAUCGUUAUCUGCUUCUCAUGAAUAAUUAUAGAAAAGAAAUAUUUCUGUCUUUGCUGAUAAUUGUUAGAGUAGCUUUUUCAGCAAUAGAAAGAUCAAUUCCAGUUAUUUCUCCAGCACCAUACUCAGGGCCAUUGUUCUCCAUAAAUUCAAAUGUGCAAGACUGGUAUGGGGGUCAAUUGGAAGGAGCGUUUUAUAGUAUUGGACAUUAUGAAUAUUCGUUUUUCAUGUACUAUGCUCCAUGGGAUGCUAAAAGUCAAUAUGCUGCAAAGGUAGUUAAUGAAGUGGCUGAUAUUUUUAAAGAUCGGAUAAACUUUUUGGCCAUAAAUUGUUGGGCACCAGGUGGUGAAUGUAGAGAUAAGCAUACAACAAAGGUGCAGUCUUGGCCAAUUUUUUAUAUAGUUAAUUGUUAUGGUGGUAGUAUACAAUACAGAGGUCCAAUAAGCAAAUCGCAUAUGACCAGAUUUUUAAACACUGCAUUAACCCUCUGCACAGGAUUACUAAGCCAGAUGAUAUUUUAUGAUAUUUUAUAUAAGACUGCAUUGAAAUGGAUAGAUCAUGAACCUUAUAAUGAAAUCGGAUUUGCAGUGGUUACAGGUCAUUCUCGAGAUAGUUUUGGUGUAAAUAGUCUUCCCUCAUAUAGAAUUUAUUUGUGGAACGAAACAUUGAUCUAUGAAUCUGAUAAAGUGCCUAAUACAAAUAAUCUUUUCACAUGGAUAUCAUCAAAUCUUCAUCAAGUAUCAAUGUGGAUAAAUUUUCCUGGCGUUAAGUCAAGUACUCUUAGUCCAUAUUUAAUGGAAGGAUCUGCAUUAUUGUUAUUUACUCCAAGAAAUGCAUUUAGAGAGUUUAAUGAUGCUUAUGACAUGCUGAAGCAUAUUGGUCUGGAAUAUUAUAAUUGUAAUAAUGACCCUUGGGUUGCUCAGUUAUCAAAAUAUAUUCAAUUAACGAGAGCAAAGAAUCAAGAGAGGUACUAUGAAAAAGUAAAAUUCUGUGAAGAAUUGCUUGCAAAAUCAAAUAAUCAGAUGCGAAAAAAUGUAGUAGAAAACAUAGAAGUUUCCAUCACUGUUAGCAAAUGGUUCAAUACAUCUAAAGAUCCAAAUAACAAUGUAUGUUCAGUAUUGGAUAAACAUUGUUUUAUUGAAAAAUAUGAAAAUGAGAAACAUGGCGAGCAUAUUUAUGAUAGAUGCAAUAAAAAUGAUGCUGAGAAAAAAAUUAUCAAUAAUUUUAGCAAGGUAGAUGAUUAUUAUAGUGCGGAAAACUUGCACAAAAUUAAGGAAACAAAUGAGUGUCUGCUGUUACUGGAAGCUGAUUUGCAGAGUAAACCCGUUUUCUUUGAGACAAAUUAUAAUAAAGAUGCUCCAAAUAUAUCUGGGCUUGCUUGUCAGAACAAUAGAAGUUUAUCCUUGCUGGCAUUGGAUUCAGAAAUGUACCAUUAUAUUGCUGAGAAAAUUGGAGUACAACUCCUGGACUUGGAGAAUAAAACUGUUGUUCUUAUAAUUGAUAAUGAGAAUCGAUCAUUCCGAGACAAUUCAAAGACUAGUCAGUAUACUCAUAAAUAUAGUACUGAGAAAAAUGUAUACCAAAGUAUGAAGCAAUAUGAUAGAAAUUUGGGAAUAGUAUCUGUUGCUGAACUGAGCUCCAAUACAUUCAUUCCCCAAGUGAUGAAUCAGAAUAAAACAGUAGUGGUAUUAUACUACAGCCCAUUUUGUGGAUUUUGCCAGUAUGCAUGGCAUAUUUUUUUAUAUGUAAGUCAUUUAUUGAAAUCGAUUUCUAAGAUAUCGUUUGUGAGAAUUGAUAUGGAUUACAAUGAUGUACCAUGGCAACUCACCAUGGAUGAUUUACCGACGAUCACAAUAUUUCCGGAAAGUAAAUCAGAAAGUUUGACAUUUCCCCAUUCUUUGGAUAUAACUGCUUCAAAUGUUUUAAGCUUUAUAUUGUCUAAUCUAAAUAAUGUUGUAAGACUGGAGGUUAUGAUAAAAGUUUGUAUUGGGACAUAUAAGAUGUCCGAUCAGCAUAUGACUUGUUGGUUUGAGCUUCAAAGAGAAAUUCUACGGCUAAUUGAAAUCACAUUAAAACAAUGGAGAAUAAGCAAUAAUCAUUAUAAAUCUGUAUUAGUAAGGCGACUUCAGCUACUUAAAACUUUAUCAUUUCUAACAAACCCUGGUGAAAAAUCUCCAUCUAAAAUUAAAGAAAUUACAAAUUUAAUAAACCAGAUAAGUUUAAACUCAAGAUUUCAAAAAUUUAAGAAGGGUUUAAGGUAA